UGGUUCAAGGUACAGCUGAAUGUCUGUCGCUGAGCGUGUUUGUUCCACAGCACUGGCCUUCUAAAGAGCUGCAGAGGGAAGGAACAGCCAUGAGUCUGCUGUGAUAAUGGACCGUGGCAAUAAAGGCAAGAAAAGCAAAUACAGACACGGUUACCUUAACGAUGUUGAGGAGCCAGAGUACCAUGUGGUGGGUGACCAUGAGGAAAUGUUCAGCGUGCACAUCCAGCCAGCAAUGCCUCUGAACGCUGAAUCAGAGUACGCAGAUCGGAGUAUUCCAAGGUUGCCAUCGGCUCAUAGCCCAUCCUCAAGUGGUAACUGGAACAGGCCUCCUCGAUGUCCACCCAGAGAUUUUCUAUUUAAUCCUGGGCCUGCUGUAAAUAGAAACCUGAAGCCAGGCAGGAGGACCCAAUUAGACUACAGACUGCCAGAUUCAGAGCUAAGAGACCAGAAUGCCCUGCCCCCACAAAGGUCUCCUCCCCCGUUAAACAGAGACAUCGUGAAUCGGAUCUCUGCACUGAACCUACAGAAACCCUGCAGGAGAGACGGACAGAGAACAACUAAAAACAGAGAAUACAACGCCUUUUCCCCAGAAUCACAGAGCUUUGAAAGUGAUUUGGCCAACCACACCAGUCUCAGAUAUUCUUUGGAUUUGGAUGCACAACAUCAUAUACCCAAGCAGACUCAAUAUCUGGAAAGGUCAUUAUCAAGACGUCAACACCACGAGUGGCCUCAAACAAAAGAAGACUUUGAGCAACAUGACUUUGUUCCAAUGGAGAAGCCUCAGACAUAUCAUGAAGAAGACUGGUACAUCGGGGCUUGUAAUCGAGCAGAGGCUGAACAUGCCUUACACUUGGUGAACAAGGAUGGUGCAUUUUUAGUGCGAGACUGUUCGAACAAUACCACCAGUGAGCCCUUGGUCUUGGCUGUGUAUCACGACAAGAAAGUUUACAAUGUAAAAAUCAGAUUCAUCGAGAGCAUCAGCAAGUACGCCCUUGGAACGGGACAACGGGCAAAUGAUAUGUUUGACUCUGUGGCAGACAUCAUCAGAUUCCACUCCAUAUUCCCAAUAGUGCUCAUCCAUGGGAGGACUCUGUCGGCAAGCAAAUACCCAGGGAACUGUGUGUUGACAUGCCCAGUAACAAAAAUUGAUGUUGACCAGCUGCUUGGAUGAAUCAUGUGGCAUCCCAUCUAAGUUUAUCUCUUUCUUCCCAUUUGACUUUGCUUGUUUUAUAUUUUCUGCAAUGGUUAAUUGCAGCUAUUGUGGCCCA